GCGAGAUAACGGACAAACACCACAGCGUUUAGACAAACACUAGCGAGAGCUCGUUAGCUUAGGGAAGUUAUUAGUCCUUUCGACAAAAAAAGCUCCUCCAGCCUGUACAAAGUAAUGAGGUAGAUAGUCGGACAGCUAAGUAUACGUACCUUGAUUACAACAGACUGGCACUACCACGGUGAAAAUGGACCAGGACAUAGAUUCAGAGGGCCGGUUUCAAAAACUCUACCUAGAAAUAAGGAAUCAGUCCCACGAGUGCUCCUACAAAGUGGCAAAGUGUCCAGAGAAUCGCAACCGAAACAGAUACAGAGAUGUCAGUCCAUUCGAUCACAGCCGGGUGAAGCUGGAGGGCACGGACAACGACUACAUCAAUGCAAGUCUGGUGGUCAUGGAGGAAGCCCAGAGAAGUUACAUAUUGACUCAGGGACCCCUCAGGAACACCUGUGGCCACUUUUGGCUCAUGAUCUGGGAGCAGAAGACCAAGGCGAUCGUCAUGCUCAACAGGGUCAUCGAGAAAGACUCGGAAAAGUGUGCUCAGUACUGGCCCACAGCUGAGGAGAGGGAGACGGCCUUCAGAGACACCCGUCUGUUGGUCACGCUGCUGUCAGAAGACACCAAGUCUUACUACACCACCAGAGUGUUGGAGCUGCAGAACAUUAGCACCGGGGAAAAGAGAGAGAUCUUCCACUUUCAUUACACCACAUGGCCAGAUUUCGGUGUCCCAGAGUCCCCAGCAUCCUUCCUUAACUUCCUCUUCAAAGUGCGCGAGUCGGGAGCGUUGGGGGUGCACCACGGGCCCGCCGUGGUGCACUGUAGCGCUGGAAUCGGACGUUCGGGGACGUUUUCAUUGGUCGACACGUGUGUGGUCCUGAUGGAGAAGAGGAAAGACCCGUCAUCAGUGGACAUCAAAAGCAUCCUGUUGGACAUGAGGAAGUACCGCAUGGGUCUGAUCCAGACCCCGGACCAGCUGCGCUUCUCCUUCAUGGCUGUCCUCGAAGGAUCCAAGCACAUCACGGGAGACUCCUCCGUACAGAACCGGUGGCGGGAGUUGUCCAGAGAAGAUCAGGAGCCGGCAGCAGAGUCCCCCCCCUCCACUCAGCCCCCAGCCAGGUGUGCAACAGAGCGACACAACGGCAGCCAGCGGGGAGGUCAGCUGGAGGAGGGAGGCGACUACAGACAGGACAGCAAAGUACCAGCACAGUCUCCUUGCAAGGAGCAGGAGCAGGAAGGCGGCACGACACACAAACGACGCAGAGAAGACAGCAUUUCCAAAUCGGGCACAGCCAAGACACCCCAAAGCAAGCCCAGGGCGAACGACUCGGAGAAGAAGAGGAAAAGCGCGAAAACCAGCGACUGCUAACUAUCACCGCCUGCGGCCAUGCAGCUACAGCUCUGGCAGCGAAGCCAACAACCGGCAGGGAUCUCCAGCUCUCUCACAACCUCUGUGUCCUUCUUCCUCGACUCCUAACCACUCUUCCUCACCUCCACCUCAACAGCCAGCUCUCGUCACUAUCGCUUUUAUUUUAUUUUAUUUUUUAAUGUCCCAGCCCUGAAACAUUAUUCAGCCACCGCUCAUCUCCCUCUUCCCGUUAGCCGCUCGUCACUCCUCAGUCCCUUCACCUCACAGCCUUCCCUCGUCUCCUCAUCCUCUCUAAACUGUUUACAGCCGACACUUUGACAUUCUUCGAAGACAGCACAUUUGAAAAGACAAAACACACCAGCGCUUUCUCCCCCCAAUUACACCUCAAACGCAGCCUGCGCUGCUUCUGGAGUCAGAAAAAUGUUGUUUUUUGCUUUAAUGUUAUUUGCAGCUUUUACAUUCUAUUAUGGGUCUUUUGCAUUUAUGAAAAUCGGACCGAUACUAGGGGCUAAAGCAUCGACGAUUUGUAAUGCUGUUCAUAUGUGUAUUUUUCUUUUUUUUUUCCAGAGGCAAAAAUAAAUGUUCUAUUUUUUUAUAAGAGAUUACUUGAAGUUUUUCAGCAGUGAUGGGGGGGGGGGGUUGGGUAAAUGAAAAGCACUGCCUCCUCCCACGUGAGAAAUUCAGUGGCAUGUAAUGUUUCCAUGAUGUACAUAGUGUUGUUUUUAAAAAGGUGUGUAAAAAGACAUAUUUUUGCUUGUAAAAACAAAAAGACGAACGACAAUGUUACAGAUUUGAAUACAGUAGAAACCUGAUUUGAUGACUUGUUCUCCUUUUGAACUGAAACUGUCUUAAUUUUCCCUUUUCUCUUAGAGUGUAAUUUCCAAAUAAAACUGGUAUUAUCUAGUUUACAU